AUGUCGGAGUUGGAGAAAGCCUUCCGUAAAUUUGCCAUGUAUGGUGACACGGCUGCCACUGGCAACGAUAUGACGGGCAAGAACUUCUCCAAGAUGUUGAAGGAUUGUGGCGUGAUGGACGGGAAGGCCGUGACCAGCACCGAUGUCGAUAUUGUGUUCAACAAAGUCAAGACCAAAGGCGCUCGCACCAUCAACUUUGCUGAGUUCCAGCAGGCCAUGAAGGAGCUGUGUGGCAAGCGGUUCAAGGGCAAGUCUCCUGAGGAGGCCCUGCAGGCUGUGUAUGCAUUGAUGGAGGGCAAGGAACCAGCCAACGUGGGUGUAACGAAAACCACCACAGCUGGUGGGGUUGAUAGACUGACAGACACCAGCAAAUACACAGGCUCCCACAAGGAACGGUUUGAUGAGAGCGGCAAGGGGAAAGGGAUAGCUGGCCGUGAAGACGUGACCGAUGGCAGUGGCUAUGUUGGGGCCUACAAGGGAGCUGGCACCUAUGACAAGACACACUAG